GUUCACGACGGAGGACUUGCGGUUUUCUGCUCGGUGUUUUGGACCGGGACGAGCGUUGGAGUGGUUUGUGGUGUCAGAGUCCGGACCCGGUGGGUAUUUCCCCCUCCCAACCAGACUCGCUCGCCGUAAAGUGACACUGGGACUCGAAUAAGUGACCCCUCGAACGUCGUUACAAGUCAGCGCGGAGACGACAGAAGGAAACGGCGCAGGAUCCGGUUUAAAGGUAAAGCUGAGGGGCGACUGACCGGAAAGUCCGGUUCUUUUCUCCAUUCUGCGUGGAACUCCGCGUGCUGACUGUCACGGAGCACGAGCGGCUCGGUCCUCUUUAAGUUUUUUUUUCUUCUUUUUGGGCCGGAGAGCUGCAGCUCGUCUAAAAACCAUCAUGAGGACCACCGAGGAGACGGAGGGCUUUGACGGCGAGGCCUCCAACACCUCCAUGAUCUCCGGGGCCAGCAGCCCCUACCAGCCUACCACCGAACCCGUCCACGCCAGGAACGUUCUGGGAGGAAUAAGGUGCGAUAUGGAGUACCUCAAGUCAUAUUUCGGCAUUCUAAAAGUGGUUGAAGUGGUCUUAUCGUUCAUUGCAUUCAUCUGCAUAGAAACGAUCAUGAUGUGUUCUCCCUGUGGAGGUGUCUACUUCUUCGAAUUUGUCAGCUGCAGUGCCUUUGUAGUCACAGGAGUCCUCCUUCUUAUCUUCUGUCUAAAUCUACACACAAAGGUGCCUCAUGUCAACUGGAGUCUCACGGACCUGGGCAACACUGCUGUCAGCACCUUCUUCUUCUGUCUGUCAUCUGUUGUGCUCGUGUCUAUCAACCACAGCACUGGAUCUGAAAUAGCUGCAGUGAUCUUUGGCUUCCUGGUGACGUGUGUGUACGCCCUCAACACCUUCCUUGCAGUACGGCGGUGGCGGCGUGGCAACGGGAACCAGGGGGCAGCUCAGACCAGCGAGUACAUGCGAGCACGUACGGCAUCUCGUGGAGAAAUAGAGGCACGUCCUGAGCUUGCUUGAAAGCUGGCAGGUCAGACAGACUAAUGGAAGGUCUCACUCCUGGCAGCUGAGCACGAGGAACGCCACCUUUGAGCCAGCAUUCCAUUUAAACUUUGAGCACAACGGCUCAUCUGAUAUUGCUUUGAAUUCUUACCACAACUCUUGGAAUUGCACUGCCUUUGUGAUGCGUUUGGCUUUGUUAACUUGACAUCCUGGCUCCAGCCACACAUGAAGGCUCCAAGUAAAAGAGCUCAGAUGGGACUCAAUCUGAAGAAUUUCCUGAAGCGUUUCAAAUAACUUGAAGGAAGCCGUGUGAAGAACAACCUCCACAGACAGCCCAGGGUAAACUGACGUCAUAACUUGAAGGAAGCCGUGUGAAGAAUAACCUCCACAGACAGCCCAGGGUAAACUGACAUCACUACAAGUCUGAUGUAGGUGUUGAGUUUAUGGAAAGACGUAGCUUUACUGUGAAUGAAGAUAACUCAGAAGAUUUUGUAUGAUUAUGAUGAUCAGGCUGCUGUUGGUCAAGUCUGUGUUGACAAAUGCGAUUAUGGUUCCAAGGAUGUCAUUAAAUUAGGCACAUACUCUCCAAUCAG